CACUGAGAGCCUUCCAGAGAUGUGUGGCAGAGGUCCUGAGGUGUGUAGCAGAGUGCCUGAGGUGUGCAGCAGAGGUCCUGAGGUGUGCAGAAGAGGUCCUGAAGUGUGCAGAAGCGUGCCUGAGGUGAGAAGCGGAGGUCCUGAGGUGAGGUGCAGAGGUCCUGAGGUGAGCAGCAGAGGUCCUGAGGUGUGCAGCAUAAGUUCACAGGUGUGCAGCACAGGUCCUGAGGUGUGCAGUGGAGGUCCUGAGGCCUCAAACGCAGUGGAAGAGGUGUGCAGUGACACAAAGAAGACAGAGUCUACUGGAAAUCAUCUGAAAACGGGAAAUGGCCUAUGCAAGGUUGUGCAGCUAUCCACUGAGAGCCGUCCUGAGGUGUGCAGCAGUCCUGAGGUGUGCAUCAGAGUGCCUGAGGUGUUCAGUGGAGGUCCCGAGGUAUGCAGUGGAGUGCCUGACAUGUGCAGUGGAGUGCCUGAAGUGUUCAAUGGAGGUCCUGAGGUGUGCAGGGAAGUCCUGAGGUGUUCAGUGAGGUGCCUGAGGCACCAAACGCAGUGGAAGAGGUGUCCAGUGACAAAAAGAAGACAGCGGCUGCUGAAAACCUUCUGGACACUGAAAAUGUCCUUAGCAAUGUUGUGAACCCCAAAGGGUGGCUGAAGGAGGGCUGGGAAGAUCAGCUGCACCGAGACUUCACUAAUAUGAUUGCAAAACUCCCAAAGGUAAUGAACAAGAAGCCUGUUUUGUAAAUGAAAGGUCAAGCAUCUUUGAAAGUUGGGUGUAUCAGGGUUGUCUCAAUCUGGACAAUAUUAUAAAUUAGCUACUAUAAUCUUAGACUUUGGAUGUCUGUGG